AUGUGCAGUAACACAACAGCUAACAUGAUGCCCUUUGGGUUACGGGUUCCCAAUCCUGCCCCACUCCUGCCCAUUCUGGGUGGAGUUGGCCAGAGUACCCUGGAUUUUCAUCGGGCACAGGUGUACGACUACAGCAGCCGUCUGAACUUACAGUUUGCUCUGAGAGGCUACCCGACAUUGCCCCCAUACCACACCAUGGGCAACACUGCCGACCCUUUUCGUCACUUGUACCUGUAUGCUAAACACGACCCCCGGGCCAACUUCAUCCACGAAGAACCUAAACCCAGCCAAAGUUACAUUGGACUCAUCGCAAUGGCCAUUUUGAGCAUCCCUGAUAAGAAAAUGGUUCUGAGCGACAUUUAUCAGUAUAUUUUGGACCAUUAUCCUUAUUUCCGAACCAGGGGGCCUGGCUGGAGGAAUAGCAUUCGUCACAAUUUGUCUUUGAACGAUUGUUUUAUUAAGGCUGGGCGAAGUGCAAAUGGUAAAGGACAUUACUGGGCUAUCCACCCGGCCAACCUCGAAGAUUUUAAAAAAGGGGAUUUCAGAAGACGCCGUGCCCAGAGACGAGUUAGAAAAUAUUUGGGUUUGUCUGUACCAGAUGAUGAAGACAGCCCGAGUCCGUCACCGACCAAUACUAACCGGGAGAGCUGGAUAGAGGACAAACCCAGCAGUGAAAGCGCCAUUGAGGAGCCCAAGAUUGCUGAUGGAGGUUUGUCAGAGAACACAGCCGCAUUGGUGUCCACUACGGUGCUGCCAGUAGCAUCGGUGACUGGGCCCCUCGAAACACGAGGCCCCGAGGCGAUGCAGCAAAAUGACGGUGUGCAGGGCAUUGUUAAAAAAUCAACGGGAAUUAAAAGGCGAUUGUUCGACAUGGAAAGUCUCUUGGCUCCCGAUACGGAAUCCCCGAGAGCUUUCAAAACGUUUGUGGCAGCAGAUUUAACCGUCAGGCGUGGCACGCGGGAAAACGCGGAGGACAGUGAUACGGAAAUAGUAGUCACGGACGAAAUCGGCAGUUCUCACAGUGACAAACUUAGUUCUCAGUUCUCUCCAGAUUCUGGACACGAAACAUUAGAUCAUUCAAGCCUCAGCAAAGGCGACGAGGACUUUGAGGGAAACUCCGUGGAUGGUGAUCAGUCCGCUCUGGAUCUUCACCUCAGCCGUGCAAGACAGGUGCCACACACAGGGGCCGAUGGGGACGGGACCCCCACCGUGAUAAAGAUCCACACGGCACCCCCCACUCUCCUCACUAAUGGACUCGGGAUGCCAUUUGCUCCUAACCACCUAAUUUCUAGCUCCGCUGGCCAAGGGGGCCUCGCGUGGCCUGACCGCCCGAGCGCCUUUCAGAGGAUGGUCGGGGCCCCGGUGGCCGGUUCUCUCACCCCAACGUCAUACUCCUCCUUGCUGGGCCAAACGCGACCGUCAUUUCCUAUUUGCCUGACCACUGCGGACACUGUGACAUCAGCUCAGAAAUGGCAAGAAACUCUAUCCAGAAUUAUGGCCAGGUCCUAUGAUAAAACCAUGAAAACGGACAGCUAA